ACUUUGGUCCCCCACUCCUCCCCUUCACUCAUCUAAUUUUCCUCUCUAAAGAAAAGAAAACUCCUUCCUCUUGAGAGAGAGACAACAAAAUGGCAAGCCAUUCUCUCUCUUUACUUCUUUCGUCUCUUCUACUAGCCUUGGCCCUAGUCUCCUCCUCGCCGGUCCAAGACCCUGAUCUGGUGGUGCAAGAUGUUCAUAGGAGCAUCAAUGCCUCCAGGAGGAACCUAGCUUAUUUAUCUUGUGGGACGGGCAACCCUAUUGACGACUGCUGGAGGUGCAACUCCAACUGGGAACAGAACCGCCAGAGCUUAGCCGACUGUGCCAUUGGGUUUGGCAAGAAUGCACUCGGCGGGAGGAACGGCCAGAUUUAUGUCGUCACGGACUCCGGUGACGAUGAUGCCGUGAACCCCAAGCCGGGAACUCUCCGACAUGCCGUCAUUCAAAAUGAGCCUUUGUGGAUCAUUUUCAAACGAGACAUGGUAAUCCAGCUAAAGCAAGAGCUAGUAAUGAACUCAUUCAAAACAAUAGAUGGGAGGGGCACAAGCGUCCAUAUCUCAGGUGGGCCAUGCAUAACCAUCCACAAAGUAUCCAACAUCAUCAUACAUGGGAUCCACAUCCACGACUGCAAACAAGGAGGGAAUGCUAUCAUACGCGACUCCCCACAGCACUCCGGGCAUUGGCAGGUAUCGGAUGGCGACGGCGUGUCGAUCUUUGCAGGGAAGGACAUCUGGGUCGACCAUUGCUCGCUCUCGAACUGCAACGACGGGCUGAUUGACGCGAUCCACGGAUCGACGGCUAUUACGAUCUCGAAUAACUACAUGACGCAUCACGAUAAGGUGAUGUUGUUGGGGCACAACGAUGCGUUCACAGAGGAUAAGAAUAUGCAGGUGACCAUUGCGUUUAAUCAUUUUGGCGAAGGGCUCGUGCAAAGGAUGCCUAGGUGUAGACACGGAUACUUCCAUGUGGUGAACAACGACUACACUCACUGGGAGAUGUAUGCCAUUGGUGGGAGUGCAUCCCCCACCAUCAACAGCCAAGGCAACAGAUUUCUUGCACCCGAUGUCAGAUUCAGGAAGGAGGUGACAAAACACGAGGAUGCACCGGAGAGCGAAUGGAAGAACUGGAACUGGAGGUCAGACGGAGAUCUGAUGCUCAACGGAGCGUAUUUCCGGCAGUCGGGGGCGGGUGCUUCUUCGACGUACUCUAGGGCUUCAAGCUUAAGCGCUAGACCUGCUUCGUUCGUGGGUGCAAUGACUACUACUGCUGGUGCACUCAACUGCAGGAUGGGCUCUCGGUGUUAAUCAACUUCAUAUGAUCCAAACCCUAGCUUAAUUACUCGGCGGUAUUAAGAGUAAUUAGGUACUAGAAAAAAAGAAAUUAAGAGAAGGGUGUGAAAUGCUUUGUGCUUCCCCUCCAGUCUUUUUAGGGUGUUUCCUUAUGUUAAGCUGAUCAUGAGAGAUCAAGUAUGUCUUCUUUAAUUUGGAUCUUAAUUGUCAAACCUCCUGUAAACUAAUUAACUGCAGAAGUGUUAGACCCUUUGUUGCCUACUAGUGUGGCAAUAUAAUUAAAUAUUACGUAUUUCUGAAUAUAUUAAGAGGUUGGCUUA